AUGAGAGUCAACAGAAUCAGGCAGGGUAAUAUGAACAACUUCUCCUCCUUCCUCUCCUAUCUUUGUUAUCAUUGCAAUAGAUGUCUCACAAAAGGAGAUGUAGGAGCAUUGAUUGCAUGCCCUUCUGAUGAAAAUGCUUGUAAAAUACAUGAAGUGGAUGGGGACAAAUAUGUGAAGAAAUUUUGUGAGAAAACUAGUUAUCCGGACCAAGGAUGUUGGAUGAACGACAAAGAGAAAACCUGUAGAUGUAACAUUAACGGUUGUAACAUGGACUUCGAUUCAGCAAAUAUGGGUAACGGAUCAGAAACUCUAAGAUUUGGAUUUAUAGCUUUUGUUGGAUCCAUUCUGCUCCGAUCCAUUCUUUGAAUCUCUUCUUCUCCGAUCCAUUCUUUGAAUCCAUUCUACUCUGAUCCAUUAUUUAAAUCCAUUCUGCUCCGAUCUAUUCUUUGAAUCCAUUCUUCUCCAAUCCAUUAUUUAAAUCCAUUCAAUUCCGAUCCAUUCUUUAAAUCCAUUCUGCUCCGAUCCAUUCUUUUACAA